ACACGAAGCCAAGUGUGGCCUCUUCGUCCACAAUGGCGUGCAUCGGGACGGGCGCGUAGCCAGGAGAGCCACGGCUCGGGCCAACAGCCUCAUCGGGGGCGUUGGUGUCGCGGGCAGGAGCCACGCGGCCGGUGGAGGAGGUGGAGGCGGAGAUCCGGAGGGCGAUCCAGGCGCAACGGCGGCCCCGUUCAUCAUCGGGGCGCUCGGGCCGGCCACCAUCCGAGGGUUGAGCCCCAUGUGCGCAUGGCCAUGGGCGCGGGGAGCACCGCGGUGGGCGCGUCCUGUGGCGCGGCGACCGUGUCCCGGGGUGUGGUGAGCACCACGAGCGCCUCUCCUAGCGCCACGGUGGUCGCGUUCAGCGGCGCGACGGAUAGCCUGGCGACGAAAUCGCCGGAGUCUACCCAGUCCGUGGAAACGGCGACCGUAGCGACGACCAUCCUCAUGGAUCAGGCGGAGGAAGGAGACGAGGCUUGGCAUCUCACCGGCGGGAGUAUAUAUAUCCCCUGGAGAGACGCGACGAUCCUGAAGAGAUGCAUCGGUUCCAGGCGGACGGGAGAGAGGCGACGGUUGCGACGGACACAGGCGUCCGUGUGGGUGCAACCGCUCGUUCGAUGGACAAAGAGAGAUUUCCCUUAGUUACAGAUUAUACUUUAACAGUUUUGCUAAAGCACAUCUAGAUGUGCCAUAAAUAUUGCACAUCUAAGUCAUAUGUCAUUGAUGUUACAUUGAGAUUCGUGUGAUUUUUUU